AUGGCGUUUUCUAUGAAGCCCUCUUCAAGGUACAGUUCCUACGACUCUCGCUCCUCAACUUCCUCUCAAUUAACUGACCCUUCUUCAUCCUAUGAGUUGAAACACCCCAAAUCCUCAUCCUCUCGUGCACUGGUCAAGGCUAAACCCACCACCAAGGUGGACCCAAGCUUGACCACAAUGGUAAAGAAGUUCAUGGAGAAGAAACCCAAGUCAGGGAACCACAGCACAAAGCUGAUUAUUCCCUCGGAUUUCAUUGCCCAAGAUUUGAAGAAGGAUGCCAAGAGGGUCACCGGUUUCUCGGCGCUGCAGAAGAAGCUCUUCGGAAAGGGUACGGCGUCGUCUCAGAAGAAAGAUACGGUGAAGGCCUUGACGGAGGUGAAGGUGAACACCAGGACACUGGCCAUGGUGCUUAGGAGCGAGAGGGAGCUUCUCAACAUCAACAAGGAGCAUGAGGUGGAAAUUUCUCAGCUUAAACUCAUGCUUGAUGAAAAGAAUAAAGAGGUGGAGAAGCUGAAGGAUUUGUGCUUGAAGCAAAGAGAAGAAAUCAAGUCAUUGAAGAGUGCAGUACUGUUCCCUGAUGUCAUGAAUUCUCAGCUUCAAGAACUUGUAGAGAAACAAGGUUCAGAACUAAAGCAGGCAAAACUGGUCAUUCCAUCUCUACAGCAACAGGUUUCUUCUCUCACUGGUCAGCUUCAAAGCCUUGCAGAGGAUCUUGCUGAGGUCAAAGCCGAUAAGUAUUCAGCAAAAGCAGGUCUCCAAGGUUAUGGAAGUUCUCCAAGGACACCAACACAUGCCGGGGAAGAUGCUUCUAAUUCUUGGGAAUUCAGCUCUGAGGACCUUUCCGAUGACCUAUUACUCAAAGAUCUAAAUCCAUGCUUAACACCCUACAAUGCCAAGUCAAGAUCCAGGGAAUUUGAGGGUCUGGCCUCUGGCUCUCUGCAUGAUGAAAGCUUAUCUGGGGAUGAUGCUAAAGUAUAUCCUGAGAUGGAUGAUUUUAGCUCUUAUGGACGGAAGUUUUCCAAAAGUUCUGACUGUUCCCGAAACUACAGCAACAGAAGCGUCACAACCAAAGCAAGUCGAAGAUCUGAUGAGAGCAAAUCAGCAUAUGAAGGUAGAAUGAACCGUAAAAUUGCCUAAGUAACCAUAUCCUGUUCCUUGUUGAGAUUUCUUAUCUCUUUCCCUGUUGCCAUCUUUCAGUUUUGUUAGUAUACUAUAUG